UCACACAGAGUACGGCCCUGGUCUUGCUGCAGGAGACGGGCCGCCUCACAGACAAGCACAGAUUUAUGAUGCAGGAGCAUUUCGAACAGCACUGGCAGUCCAUCCUACCGGCCCUCCCGAAGAAGACUGCCAUGCUAUCAGGCGCAGCCGGCGUCUGCAUCCUGGUCAACACCAACCUCAUACCUGGAUGUUCGAUUACCACCAUGCCGACCACUGAGAGAUACGUGAGACACCUGAUGAUCCUCAAAGUGACCGACCCAAUAGACUCGACAAAUGUGACUUUCAUCUUCAAUGUCUAUGCACCGUGUGGAGCGACCGAAACCGAACCGUUUCUGCAGUACAUGGACACCUGUAUCAACUCGAUAAGAGGAACGUACCCGACAGCGCACAUUUUGAUAGGAGGCGACUUCAAUGCAGUAGAGGAGGAGGGCGAACGCAUCACCCAUGCCCCCGGCCACACCAACACAACCACACCACUCAAAAACAAAGACAAGUGUCUGAGAGAGAUCAAACAAAAGCACGGUCUCUCAAGCCUCACCCCCGCCCCCAUCACCCUCCUGUGCAGGGACGUACCUACCAUCAACGACACGAGCGGUGAGCAGCAAAGGAAUCCAGGCCCCAU